AUGGCAGGAACAUCCGAAGACACCAUCAUGGAAGAGAGGGAGGAGCUCAUGGUAUCACCCAAACUUGCUAAACACCAUCACCCAACUCGCAAAGUUGCCCGAUUUUUAAAACCCUCCGUUAGCUCCAUUGAUGUCCAACCCUUUCCUUUUAAUCUUCCUACAGCGUCUUCUGUUCCAGAAAAAAGUUCGUUGAAUGUGUCCUUCAAUGGUUGGAGAACCACAGGGAUUGGAAACCAUGGGUUGAUCGCAUGCAUUGUCUGCACCAAUCUACCUGGAAAAAAGCAGGAAUAG